AGCAUCUACAUUUGGCUCUUAAAAGCAUAACGCAAAAACUAAAGAGGUUCAGCUCACGAACACCAAUAGCUACUGUAGGCCAUCAUCAAGGCCUUAACUUUAGCCCGGAAUGCAUGAGACGUUCUAAUAGUGAGGCAUAGCUUAAAGUGCUACUGUUGGCGGUACCGACGAUGAGUGAGGACUGCGCUAACAGCCAGACCGACGGCAGGGCUGCUAGUACAUCGACUUUCGCCACGACACCCGGGCAUGUAGAACAGCCUAGCGAUGCUUUCCAAAGAGAUGAUAGGGACAGCGAAGAGUCGGUUAAUAUUGGCCUGCGACGACGCAAAUGUCCGCUAUGCGAGAAAGUCCUGGAGCGGCUGGAGGACUCGGAUAUAGUGGAACAUAUCAUUAAGGAUGCCGUUCAUCAGCACCUUUGGGGUUCCUUGAUAAGUAAUGAACAGAGAAAGCUGCUUGGCAAAUUGCUUAAGGAGCUCUGGCGCAUGUCUGGCGAAAGCUGCAAUCUAUGCUGUGCUGUCUUCAAGCAGUCGGCGUCAUCUGCUUCGAAACAGUCUAUGGUCCGAAGCAACGUUACAUGCGAAAUUUCCUGUGAUGAUUGCAUGUUUUCCCACAUGCUCAGUUGCCAUCAGCCCAUCCUGGUGGAUGUAGUCAAGUAUGCUAGCAGCCUACCAGCAGCUCGUCAGGCACCGACCUCUACCAUGGCCACAACCUCCACUAGUAGCGGUGACCCUUCAAGCAGCAGCAGAGCUAGCGUCCCAUUUACUACGGGUGCCAGUAGCUUUACAUCAAGCACCCCCAUCACCACCCCUCACAAGCAGCAUUCAAGCCCAAGCUUGUCAUCUCCAUCCUCACAAACGACAGAGCUCAAACCAGUACUUCCAGCCCAGUCGACAGCGGAAAAGCACUGCCCGCUUUGUAAUUCCAAAUUCAAGCCCGAAACUGUCCCCAGUCAUGUUGUGACGACUGAUCUUAUGAAGGCACUUCAACACAUCGGUACGAGACAAACUGUUCGGAUUGCUACAUUCAAUGUGAAGAACAUGACAUACGCAGCACCGCCAUCUGUGGAAGGGGGGGCGCAAAGCCAACAACAAGAACAGAAGUCCGAACUCUGGCGCGAGAAGCUGUUCUACAUUGCGCUGACUAUACACGACAGCAAGGCGCACAUCGUGGCGCUACAGGAAUUCAAGCGCCUUGAGGUUGCUGAGCAAAUCUGCGGGCAGCUGAACACAUGGACUGUCAGGGAGAGGCCAGAUUACAUAUGGAAGUGCCAAGCCUCGGAGAACCUCGAGAAACCCAACAGCACAAGACAACGGACAGAGCUUGCAGCAUUCCUGUGGAAGGAGAGGAACCCCGCCAGGCCAGUUGAGGGCUUGAGGUUCCUCAAAGCUACCAGUAAAGAGGAGAUAUUUUGGGACCUGCCAGAUGUGAGGCCCAUGAUGCCCGACCGCUUAACAGACUCCUUCUUCCGCCUAAAACCGGAAAUGGUAGAGGCAAUGGCAGUGGUAGGAAAGAAGGAUAAACGCUCCUUCGGGCGCUCACCAUUCUACGGCCUGUUCAGCUGCAACGGCCGUCGUUUGCUGCUCAUCAACUGCCACUUGACAGCCCUAACGCUGGUUGGAGCUGCAGGCAACGCAGCACAACUGAAAUGGGAACUAUCACACCUGUCAUCACUUGUGGAGGCCGCUUUUACCGGUGACGUCCCGACUGCCAGCUACAGGGAGGACAUGGCAGUUGUGGUCCUGGGCGAUUUCAAUGCGGACCCUUCUUGCAAGCCCCCAAGUAAUAAAAGAUGGGCUAUAACUUGGGACAAGGCAAAAAACUGCGGUAGUUAUGGGAGUCUCGAGCCUCAGUUGCCUGAUUGGAUGAAAACCAACACAAGCGACACUAAGCAGUACGACGGCAUUUAUGUACUCAAGAGUGGGCGGCCCAACAUUGAGGGCAUCAAAGGAACUGCGCAGCGGGUGGAGCGGCCACCCAAAAGUGAAGCCUUCUUUGGUUAUUUCCUGACAAAGAAAUCUGCUUUAGAUUGCAAUGCAAACUACACGGACCAUCGCCUGGUGUCUGCGGCCAUGAACUUCUUGACACCGCCUAUCGAUGCAGUCGCCAAUGCCACCAUGACCGGAAAUGCAACCACUCCAUGCUAUGAGGAACGGGCUGGCCGCGCCUCUGACGAGGAGAGCGGGGCUGCCUCCACAACUGGCAAUGUGGAUGAGGCUGGCCGCGCCUCUGACGAGGAGAGCGGGGAUGGUGCCACUUCUGGCAACGUGGAUGAGGCUGGCCCCACCUCUGACGAGGAGAGCGGGGAUGGUGCCACUUCUGGCAACGUGGAUGAGGCUGGCCCCACCUCUGACGAGGAGAUCGGGGAUGGUGCCACUUCUGGCAACGUGGAUGAGGCUGGCCCCACCUCUGACGAGGAGAGCGGGGAUGGUGCCACUUCUGGCAACGUGGAUGAGGCUGGCCCCACCUCUGACGAGGAGAGCGGGGAUGGUAGCACAUUCGCCUUAGGAAGGGGGCUCAGCACCAGACAUGGCAGAGGAAGGGGCCCCAACCCCGUUGGAGGCAGAGGAGGGGGCUUAAACCUCGAAGGAGGCAGAGGAAGGGGCCGUAACCUUGAAGGAGGCAGAGGAAGGGGCCGUAACCUUGAAGGAGGCAGAGGAAGGGGCCGUAACCUUGAAGGAGGCAGAGGAAGGGGCCGUAACCCCGAAGGGGGCAGAGGAAGGGGCCGUAACCCCGAAGGGGGCAGAGGAAGGGGCCGUAACCCCGAAGGAGGCAGAGGAAGGGGCCCUAACCUCGAUGGCGGCAGAGGAAGGGGCCCUAACCUCGAUGGCGGCAGAGGAAGGGGCCCUAACCUCGAUGGCGGCAGAGGAAGGGGCCCUAACCUCGAUGGCGGCAGAGGAAGGGGCCCUAACUCUGCCCUUGCCAACAGUGGAAUGGGUGACCCAGCUAUAACCUGACACUGAGCGAGUAUGGCCAAUGCAUCUGGAUCCGAUCAAGGAUGAUAUGGUCGACAGCGAUACCGGUAACGGCAUUCAUGGCUGCAAUGUUCUUCCCCACGGGCGAGGAAAGGGUCCCAGGCAUGCCACCUCUUUUCGCAACCUUGCCAACAAUGCUAUGGUUGCAAGUGUGGUGGGCUUGUCAUGAAUUUGAUCCUGUCAAGGACGUAACUGGCCGCCGCUUUUGUGUCGGAGUCGCUCAUCUUAAGCGUGUAAACUUAAGGCAUGCCCGCAUGCCAUUCCAGCCGUGUUUUGUUUUGGCAAUUAGCGAGGACAAUGAAGCUGUGUUGCCCCGGAAUAACGGUCCCCAACUCCCAACUUAACGGUCUUGGGCUGUUUGUUGUCAUUACGAACUCAAACAGGGGCCGUAGUGUGUUUGUCAGGCAUGCUGACCGCGAUCGGCCUUUAGGUAACGUUCCCGCCUUGUUACGCUGGAUUGGCGUGCACCUUAUGGGUUGCACCAGCCAGCGCCCGCUUUGGCUUUGGUCCUAAUACCUGUUCCGCUGCGUCUGAAUAUCUGGUCUCAUCGAUUUGCUUAGCAAGCUUCGUGCGUGUUUGCGGCCGUCGGCAAUAUGUGUCGAUUUCCGCGGUUCGUCAUGCGUCUAGCCGUUGCGUUUGUCUAAACCUGGAAAGGUUGACCAAGAGUGCCCUUCGGUUUCCCCGCGCGCGUGACUCCUUGUUGUGCUUUUCUAGCACUUUGUUUUCACGAAGAUGUGUCCCGUCUUGGCCAUAAGUGAGACGGGUAACUGGUAUGUUGUUGUACGACAUGGCGAGGAUGGGCGAGCUCUUUAUCGAUACGCGGGGCCACACGCCACAGCGCCCUGUUAAGGUUUAUUGUUUUGGUAUUAAGCUGGUGCUGUAUUAGCAAAGUCGUUAAUUACCACGUGCCACCACCCGUGCGAUGUAUGUUUUGCCUAACAUGGUGUUGAGGAUUAGCGGUAUGCUUAUGGCAGCAAAUUUGCGGUUUUUUUAAACCAGAGAGCGGAAACUUUUGUGAUAGCGUUGUGUUUAAACGCCCAGCCGUUUGCAUAUGGUACCGCUUAUUUGUUGGGGUCCUACAAUGCAUUCAGUCCUUCUGGGUGACCUUACUGGUCCAGGUUUUUUCCCCAAAAAUAGCAAAAGGGUACCCUGGAAAUUGAAGGCUGACCUGCACGGGUCAUAAUGCUUUGGUGGCUGCUCUGGCUGUUUGGCGCCAUGCUAGCCUCAUGCCAUGACUGUUUGGGGCGUUUGCCAAAAAGUCUGGCUUGUUAGGGAGUGCUUUGUUGGACACUUGCUUGCGAGUCGUCCGGGCAAUAAUGGGUUGGACUUCUUUGCUGAGGCUUGCUGCGGACGGCUGGUCCAUGGCCCGGUACGAAAAGGGAAUAACUGAACUGAUGUGGCUGGGUUCACGAAACGUAAAUUAGAAAGGGUCUUUGAGGUGAGGAUGUGGCUGGCUGGCUACGGUCUUAACCCUGCAGUCGUUCUUAAGGCUGUAUGUGUCAUUAUUGUGGUUAGGGUACUGGACUUGACCGUCGUUGAAUUCUGGAAUCCGGUUUUCUUUUUUUUUGUUAUGCGAAAUAAAAACGACGUUGUGGGCCAGUAAGGUGACUAGUUGGACGGUAACAGGUUAAGCCGAAUUUAUGGCACGUUCGCUUCGUGUGACCAGGUACGAUAUGACCACUGGGCCUUGUCUGGUUUUCUUUGGCAUUUAGCGCGGAACAUGGGGCUGCUUUGCCACGGAUAAACAUAGCAAUUGCGGCGCUCAAUACGUAAAAAGAUAAUAUAAGCACCAUGGGUUUGGCACGCACGUUGUGAAAUGCACGCACCAGCAGCCCGCCGUUUUGUUUUGGUUGUGGUGCUUGGAUUCACUUGCCUGUUCAAUAUAUUUAGCAUGUCUCGUACGUAUUCGGGGCGCUCGGCAAUGGGUUUUGAGAUACGCCACCGUACACGACACCGUACGCCUAACCGUUGUGAUCCUCUUGUUGUGGCGACAGGAAGGCUGACGAGUGUUACAUCUGUUUAACACCCUGCGUCCCUACCGAAAACGUGUUCGCGUUUUGGCCAUAAGUGUGAGUGUUAAAUGAUUAACGUUGUGUUUGAUAUGUACUAGCGGCGAGGAGACGGAGGAGCUGUUUACACCGUGCCAAGAUUUUCAUGGCCAUUAGCAAGUUUCGUACGUGUUCGUGGCUGGCGGCAAUGUGUGAAUGUGAAUUUAGCCGCUUGGGGCCAAGAUCCCUCCGGAGGACUUACGGAGAAUGUCAUUACAGGUUUCCUCGAGCGCCUGACAUCUUGUUGAACCUGUUGACCGUGUCUCGCCUAAACGUGUUCCCAUCUUUGCUGUUUGCGUGAUCUGGUAAUUGGUUGAAGCAUUGCGUUUUGACGUGACGAGGAAAUGGAGGAGCUCUUUACCGACAUGCGCAGGAAUGGGCCAUUCACUGCACGCCGCAGGGCCCCCCUUGCAACUUAAGAGUCUGUUUUGACCGUUACGACUGUCUCUUGCCGUGCUGGUUAUCGUCUCCGGCGGCGGCUACCCAUUAUGUUUGUUGGUGGUAAAAUGCCGUACACCUCAUGUGGUGUAGUGUGUGCGGUGCCCAAUAACCUAUCGGUUAUCCUGGCUAGCUGUUUACCGGUAUGCAGCGCCACAUGCCAUAGCGCCCCUUUACGGUUUACUUGGACUUUCUGGUUUUGUUAGUGGUUACGACUCGCUACGACUGUCCCUCAUUGUGCUGGUUGUUUCUGCUGGCUGCCUGCUGCCUACUGUGCCCCGUAUUAGUUGGUAAUUGCCGUACACCUGAUGUGUUGUCAAACGUGUGAUACCUGUGGUGCCAAUAAUUAACCUGUCCUUAAUCCUGGUUUGGGGGAAAGGGCCCUGUUUCUUAGGCCGCUGGCCUUAUCAAGGGGACACAGGGGGUCCACGACGGGCAUGUCCUUUGUCCAGUUAUCUGUUACGGCGGUAUCAGCUGAUCACCCUUCGGUGUCCCGUGGGGCCAAAAAAGGUUUCUUCGAGAUAUUUGUGUUUAGUACAACCACGUCUUUUUAGCCUGGUUACGAUUUGCGUUGGAAGAAUACGUUGUUACUUGUUGUCGCUGUUCAAUUACGAAGUGUGUGCUGGUGAAGUGCAAAUGCGGUAAAAAGUGUAUCUCUCAGGGUGAUUUCAGAGACAGCAUCUACAUGUGCCGUAUUUACCUUGGUGUCUUGUCGUGUUGGAGCCCUAAUGAUUAUUCAUAGGUUUCUGAUGUGAGUAGUUGGCCGAAGUCCCUUAUCUCUGCGUUUUGUUCUGUUAUUGCGAUAACGAUGUAAACUCCUGUUGGACUUGUGUGAAUGUCGUCGAAUCCUGGAAUUUGGCCAGGACUUGGCGUUCCUUUUUUAGUGUUUGGAUGUUGACGGUACGGCACGCAACGGAACGUAAAUAAAAAUACGCGGUGGGCUGCUGUCAUGGUAAAUUAGUUGGGCGGUGACAGAUUAAGCCGAUAUUUAAUGCGCUGACGUUUAUGCGGACAAUGGGGUUUCGCUGCCCCGGAUAACCACAGUUGCGGUGCUUGCUUGCAACUUUAGAUCAUUUUAUACGUUGACGGCACUAUUUUUUAAGCGCCAUGGGUCUGGCAUGCACGUUAUGGAGGUGCACGCACCAGCGGCUUGUUUAGCUUGUUUAGGUUUGGUUGUGGUCCUAUGAACUUACGCCGUGCCAGGAUUUCUGGCCUCCUCAAAAAGUUUGUGCCUGUCCGCAUUACCUGUACUAAACACGCUCCAUCCAAGUUCGGGGCUGUCGGCAAUGGAUGUGGAUUUAUGUGGUACGUUGUACGCCUAGCCGUCGUGAUGCUGAGACUUGCUUGGCGACAGGAAGGCUGACGAGUGUUACAUCUGUUUCCUAUUGUGUGUCCUCACUAAAAACAUGUUCACGUCUUGGCCAGGAGUUUGAUCUGGGUAACUGGUUGACAUAUGUUCUUGUACUAGCGGCGAGGAGACAGAGGAGCUGUUUACACCAUGCCACGAUUUUCAUGGCCAUUAGCAAGUUUCGUACGUGUUCGUGGCUGGCGGCUAUGUGUGAAUGUGAAUUUAGCCGCUUGGGGCCAAGAUCCCUCCGGAGGACUUACGGAGAAUGUCAUUACAGGUUUCCUCGAGCGCCUGACAUCUUGUUAAACCUGUUGAUCGUGUCUCGCCUAAACGUGUUCCCAUCUUUGCUGUUUGCGUGAUCUGGUAACCGGUUGAAGUAUUGUGUUUUAACGUGGCGAGGAAAUGGAGGAGGUGUUUACCGGCAUGCGUAGCCUUGAGGAAUGGGCCAUUCACUGCAAUUUAGAGUUCAUGAUAACCGUUACGACUGUCUCGUGCCGCGCUGGUUACCGUCUCCGGCGGCUUUAUUUUUGUUGGUGGUAAGAUGCCGUGCACCUCAUGCGGUGUAAUGCGUGUGGUGCCCAAUAACCUGCCUUUUAUCCUGGCUAGCUGUUUACCGGUAUGCGGCGCCACUUGCCAGAGCGCCCCUUUACGGUUUAUUUGGACUUUUCUGUUUUUGUAAGUGGUUACGACUUGUUACGACUGUCCCUCAUUGCGUCUCUGCUGGCUGCCGGCUGCCUACUGUGCCCCGUAUUAGUUGGUGAUUGCCGUACACCUAAUAAUGUGUUGUGAACCAUGUUAUACCUUUGGUGCCAAACAACAUGUCCUUCGUCCCGGUUUAGGGGAAUGGGCGCUACGUUUUAGGCCGCUGGUCUUAUCAAGGGGCCACACUGCCUUGAGGAAAAAAUAGCUUGCGGUCCGUGAGGGGCGCAUCCUUUGCCCAGUAAUCUGUUGUCAUCUAAUCACCCUUCGGUGUCCCGUGGGGCCAGUAAAGGUUGCAACGAAAACUAUUUGUGUGUAGUACGACCACGUCUUUUUAGCCCGGUUGCAAUUUGCAAGGGAAAGAUUCGUUGUUACUUUAUGUCGCUAAAAAAUAUGACCUGUGUGCUGGUGAAGUGCAAACGCGGUAAAUUGGUUUUUAUUCCCUCGCGGUGAUUCCAGAUGCGGGGUAUACGUACGUGUGCCGUAUGUUAGCUAGGCGCAGCGCUUUUCGUGCUCCUGUCGUAGUACGUUUGCGGCAUGCUUCUAAUAGCCGACCCCUGCUUUAACGAGAAUGGCCGUAAUGAAAAAAACCUCAUGCGUAUUUUGUAACUAAUUGCAUGGCCA